AUGACACCUCAGACCGUAUUGACGGCCCUGCCCACCACGACGCAGAAAAUUGAGGCCAUCGAACUCGCUGGAGGCAAUGCUCCAACCACCUUGACCGAAACAGAACUCACAGAGAAGCUUCAGGAGAGUGCACCAGAUGCAAAGUUCAGUGAUGAAGCCUCCUAUACAUGCGUGACUCAGCUCAAUCCCCCACGGGCUUCUCCGGCCGCCAUCAUGACUGGCUUGUGGGAACAAAUUCCACGCUGGAAGUAUGGCUCUGUCAUCAACUUCGCCACCUACGCUGAUGGCUAUCCCGCACGUGGCGAUGCGGUCUACGCAGCAAACUGCCUCAUCAAGGCUGCCGAAGAAUGGAACUCCAAAAAUGUCGGGGUCACGUUCAAGUGGGUGCCCAAACUCGACGAUGCAACAUUCGUUCUUGCCUACGGUGGUCAGAAAUCCACUGUUCUAGCCAGUGCCUUCUUCCCAGGCGAUACCACCCAACUAGAGACUCUGUACGUGUACCAGUACGGCUUCGACAAGGCCAAGAAGACGUCCAAGAGGGGCACAUUUACCAACUACGAGAUUUUGAAAAACGUUUUCCUGCACGAGUUGGGCCAUGUUUUGGGCUUGAGACACGAGUUUGCCAUGACACCGGAUCCAGAGACGGGGAAGAUGGAAGGAGGCGCCAUCGUCAUCGGAUCCGCGAAUAGCGAGUCUGUCAUGAGCUACAUAUUUCCGCCCGAGAUACAGGAAUCCGACAUUCGGGACACCCAAUACUUCUACAAGCAUCCUCUGAUCGUUGAUUACGUUCCUGACAAUUGA